AUGUGCCAUUCCAUGCCAGUAAUCUUAGUAGUCUGGGCCUCCCUUCUGUACCAAGGCAUCUGUGCUCAGGAGUUCCCCGUACACACUCCGCGGCACCAUCACGAUCAGUACUGGUACCAGUCUGCAGUGGAUCGAAUCCCUGUGAUCAGUGGAGGCACCUGCAAGGUGAUUGCCAUCCGCCGCUGCUGUAACCGCAAUCACAUCGAGGAGCGGUCCCAAACCAUCCAGUGCUCCUGCCUGCCCGGGAAAGUGGCCGGGACGACCCGUGGCAAGCCAUCUUGCGUGGACACCUCCAUCGUGGCGGGGAAGUGGUGGUGCGACAUGCAGCCCUGCCUCGCCGAUGAAGAGUGCAAGGCGCUGCCUGACAAUUCGGGCUGGAUGUGCCUGCUGGGAAACCGCAUCAAAACCACUAAGAUCCAUCCGAGAUACUGAGGCCUGAAGGACUAAAGCUUUCAAAUGACCAAGACUAAUGCCUGAUGAUGGUCAC